AAAAAAAAAUGUAAAAAGAUCAAAGACAUAACAAAGGAUCUGUUAUGGGCUCCGUUUCAGGAAUUUUUCGAACAUGCACAAAAGUUAUGGGAUGAUGACGGUGUGAAGGCUUGCUUUGAGAGGUCAAACGAAUAUCAACUCAUUGACUGCGCACAAUACUUUCUAGAAAAAAUUGAGCAAGUCAGACAAAAUGACUACACACCGACAGAUCAGGACUUAUUAAGAUGCAGAGUUUUGACAUCAGGGAUUUUUGAAACGCGAUUUCAAGUAGACAAAGUAAAUUUCCAUAUGUUUGAUGUAGGAGGACAAAGAGAUGAGAGAAGAAAGUGGAUCCAAUGUUUUAAUGAUGUCACAGCUAUCAUUUUUGUAGUUGCCAGUAGCAGUUACAAUAUGGUCAUAAGGGAAGACAAUAACACAAACAGACUACGAGAAGCACUGGACCUGUUCAAAAGUAUCUGGAACAACAGGUGGUUACGAACUAUUUCUGUCAUUUUGUUCUUGAACAAACAAGACAUGUUGGCUGAGAAAGUCUUGGCAGGAAAAUCAAAAAUAGAAGAUUACUUCCCGGAAUAUGUGCGCUACACUGUACCUGAUGAUGCGACGCCAGAUGCAGGAGAGGAUCCCAAAGUGACGAGGGCUAAGUUCUUUAUCCGAGACGAAUUUUUACGGAUAAGUACGGCAAGUGGAGAUGGAAGACAUUACUGCUAUCCUCAUUUUACCUGUGCCGUAGACACUGAGAACAUUCGCAGAGUUUUCAAUGACUGUCGAGAUAUCAUCCAGAGAAUGCACCUCCGCCAAUAUGAACUCUUGUAAUCAUUCUCACUGUGGAGCCUGUGGUUUUAAAUCCUUUGCCACUUUCUGUCCUUUUCCUCUGUACUGCUCCACACAGGGUGGAACAUCCCUACAGCGCACUUUUUUUCUAGGCUUCUUUGCUUUUAAUUUUUUUUUAAGCAAGAAUUUUCUUUUUGUUACCAAUGUCUCAUUUUCCUUUUAUGAAAGAGGGCAGCUUGCAUCCUUGUACUAUUUAUUUUUUCACAGGACACUUAUUUUUUAACCAUUCCUCUGUACAAGUGCUGCUCACUCCCCUUACUAAGGACCCUAUUGUCUCUUUCUGGGCAUAGAUUUUGGCUACGCCUGCACCUUUAGUGAAUUUAGCACUUCUCACCUACGCAGCCACCUGUGCAGAAGACAGGGCCAUAAGCCAUUCCUAAGUUCUUUAAGGUAGUAAUGCCCCAGACUGUCACUUCUGCAGCUUUUCUGUAGGUAAAACCCCUGUACACCCCUUACUGCUAGGCUGAGCAUGCAGUGGGUAGGUGCUUUAACUUACUCUACAAUGUUUGUCAGUUGACCAAUUAAUUUGAAGUAGGGCAUAUUUGAUGACAAGUACAUACUGCAGACUUACUGUAAGCACAACAGGAUGAUUCAGUAAGCAAAUAGGUUUGUGCAAAGUACAGCAAGCCAUAGCAACUAAUCAGAAUUCAUCUCGCUGAUCUGAUUGUAGUAAACUGAAAUCUUAUGGGGGUAAUUGCAUUUUGCACAUCAUCAUCGCUUUAUAUUGCUUUACAGAUUGAGCCAAUGAGUGCAUCUUUUAGUAUGUGCUGCAUUUGUGGCCAAUAGGAAAGUCAGGAUAGUCUGUUUUAUAUAACAAAGGUUCGUGUUCAUUUGAAAGUGC